AUGGGGGAGGAGUGGGCUGAGGUUUUGUCUUCUUCCUCUCGUGUCCGACGCUCUUCCUCCUCCUCCUCAGAAGCUGCUGUGUGUCUCCAGAACAGUCGAGAGUCAAGAUCAGGACCUGCAGCUCUGGGGCCGUUUGACCCGAGUGUGAAGGAGGGAAAAAGGUCUCUGCUCAUGAGUAACGACCAAAAGAACGAGAUCGACGAAACAAGCGGCACAAAUGAGUUUCCUCCGCAGGCGUCGGGGCGUCACUUAGACAAAAGGCGUUUUGGCGUCGACACUGUAGAUCAGAUUCGCGCUGACGCCCGAAGACGCGCCACAAAAACGCCGGACGCCCAGACGCACGUCCACAUCGACUUUACAUAUGAACUUUGCCGCUUUGUGGCUCUGGGAGACGACCUCAUCCCGCCUCCAUCUCCCACCACCACCACCACUCCGCUCGUUUCUCCAACCGCUUUUACCCAAAACAGAACUACAAAUGCGUCUAAUGUGCAGCCCCAGACCACACGAGAACCAACCACUCCCACCUCCACCACACGAGAACCAACCACUCCCACCUCCACCACACGAGAACCAACCACUCCCACCUCCACCACACGAGAACCAACCACUCCCACCCCCACCCCCAUCCCGUCACACCAAACAACCACCCAGAGCCCAACUACAAACUCCACCUCCACGAGCCCUGAGAACGGGACGGCUCCAUCUGCGACCUCGACCCUGUCACCCCACACCUCCACCCUCACCUCCGCCCGGAGCGCCGACAAUGGGACCACUGCCGCUCCACCUCAGACCUCCACCCAGAGCUCUGAUAACGGCACAGCUCCGUCCGUCACUCCGUCUGUUUCUAACUCCACCCAGGACGUGAUCCAGACCAGCCCCAGCACCACCAGCUCCACCAACUCCACCGGCUCAGAGAGUUGGCAGUCGAGUCUCCGGCACAGUCCUGGUCUGGUGACGGUCCUGGUCGUGUUCUGCCUGGUGGUGGCGCUGUCUCUGUCCGUGCUGCUGUUUCACUGUGUGAGGCAGGUCAGAUCCACUUCCAGUUUUGAGAGACUCCGAGACGUUCCCCUGGGUCCAGUGAAUGAAGAAUCUCCGUUCGCCCACUACACAAAAUGACACAAGACCUGAACCAACUCACUCCUGCUCUAGUCCUGGUUUAGUCCUGUUUC